CAUGUCUGGACGCGGCAAGCAGGGUGGCAAGGCUCGCGCCAAGGCCAAGACCCGCUCCUCCCGGGCCGGCCUGCAGUUCCCCGUGGGCCGCGUGCACCGCCUGCUCCGCAAGGGCAACUACUCGGAGCGCGUGGGCGCCGGCGCCCCGGUGUACCUGGCGGCCGUGCUGGAGUACCUGACGGCCGAGAUCCUGGAGCUGGCGGGCAACGCGGCCCGCGACAACAAGAAGACGCGCAUCAUCCCGCGCCACCUGCAGCUGGCCAUCCGCAACGACGAGGAGCUCAACAAGCUGCUGGGCCGCGUCACCAUCGCGCAGGGAGGCGUCCUGCCCAACAUCCAGGCGGUGCUGCUGCCCAAGAAGACCGAGAGCCACCACAAGGCCAAGGGGAAGUGAAACCCUUUGUACAAAGCACUCUACAGAUAACCAAAGGCUCUUUUCAGAGCCACUUAA